AAUGGCACCGUUGGCUGGUUCAUCAUUUUCCAUUGACACGUGGAAAAACGACCCACCAGAUGUUGAACUGAAAUGUUUUCUACCAAAUGGCAUUUUUCUAUGUUUGAAUGUACCUGCAACGACCACAAUACGAGAAGUCAAGGCAGAAAUGGUCCGACAAGCUAAAAACUAUCCAUUAAAUAAUCUGAUCAAAGAUGCAUGUGAUUAUGAAGUCAGUGGAAUAUCAGCAAUUGCACUGGUCGAACCAUUUACCGAUGAGACCAAACGAUUAUGUGAAUUACAGCCUUAUUUUUGCCUUUUACGUUUGGGUGAACGUUCUGAAGCUAGCACAAUAUCCAGUGAUUAUGAACUAUCGAAAUUGGUCAGUAACAUGAUUGGUAAAUCAUUUGAGGACUACAGUGCCCAGCGCAGUCCCGAAGAAGAUGAUUUUCGGCGAAAAAUGUCGCUGCUAUGCGAUGAAAUUGAACUGGAACGUUCCAAAUAUAGUUGGUAUGAAAAAUUGCUGUACGAGCAUCCUUUGCGGCUGGCGGAUACACCCGGAAUGCCCGAAAUCAUAAGGAAACGUUUUCGAAAUUCCAACUUUUUGGUUGUGGUCAAAUUGGAGAAUGAUGAGACAUCGUUUACCAUAUCGGUAAAUGAUCAGCAUACACCCCGAACACUAAUCGAUUCGGCAAUAUUAAAAGUUCGCAAAUCACAAAUAAAAGUCAGUGAUCGUGCCAGCGAUUAUAUACUGAAAGUUCGUGGCCGAGAUGAGUAUUUAUUUGGUGAUUAUCCAUUGAUACAGUUUAUUUAUAUACAGGAAAGCCUUUCCGGGUCUGACGUACCCAAUGUAGUUUUAAAAGCUAUCGAUACCUUACCAUCGUACAAAGCUUAUAAACAAGAAUUGAAUGCAGCCCCCAAACGACCACCAAAGCCUGAAAGCUUUCGCCAUCCCUCAAACGAAUUGGAGAACCGCAAGGUCAAAUGUUCAUGGGAUCUAAAUCAACCAUUUCGUUUACGUUUGCAUCGCAUCGAUAAUGUGAAUUGUGAUCUGGUCCGAGGUGAUAAAGUCGGUGUUCACAUUGGCCUCUACCAUGGCGAACACAAGCUGUGUGCCCAACAUUCAUUCGAUAUUGCCAGCAGUAAUAAUCGAUCGUUUACCUUCGAAAAAGACGUUAUCUUCGACAUACCCAUACAGAACUUGCCACGCAUGACCCGUCUAUGUUUGGUCAUCUAUGAAGUUACAAGAUCAUCACGCUCCAAAAAAUCAUCGAAUACCAGUAGUAAUACCCUGCUGAAAGAUGCCAAUGUCAAUAUCAAUUCACUGGCCUGGGUCAAUACAACGGUAUUCGAUUAUAAGGAACAAUUGAAAAGUGGCUGUAUAUCCCUAUACACGUGGACAUAUGCCGAUGACAUACAAUCGGAUGAAAUAUUUCAUCCGUUGGGCACAAUUGAACCGAAUCCUCGUAAAGACGAAUGUGCUGUUGUACAGCUGACAUUCCAUAGUUAUGAAUACGAUUAUAUACAAUAUCCCUCGGAGGAUACGGUAUUACAGUAUGCCACACGUUUGGCGGCCUGCAACGAACCACUGGGUCGCAUUAAAUCACUCGAUUACCCCCCAGUACCAUCAUCGACGGCGGCGGUCAGCAAAGUUUUAUCCCAGUAUUCUCGCACAUUUAAUAAGCUGUAUGAAAUGCACGAUCAGGAUCGUAAUGAUAUAUGGGAAAAACGAUAUAUCAUUAAAAUCGAAGAACCCGAAGAACUUUCGAUUCUACUGCAUUGUGUCAACUGGAAUAAACGUGAUGAGGUGGCUGAAAUGUGGUAUCUAUUAAAGGAGUGGCCAACCAUCUCAGUUGAAAGAUCAUUGGAAUUAUUGGACUAUGCUUAUCCGGAUCCAGCAGUUAGAAAUUUUGCUAUCAGAUGUCUGAAAAAUUUAAGAGACGAAGAGCUGCUGUUGUAUUUACUGCAAUUGGUGCAGGCCAUGAAACACGAAUCUUAUUUAGACUGUGCCCUUACCACAUUCAUAUUGGAACGGGCAUUACGAAAUCAACGAAUAGGUCAUUAUUUCUUCUGGCAUUUACGUUCCGAAAUGCAGACACCGUCAAUGCAGACACGUUUUGGUCUGUUAUUGGAGGCAUAUCUAAAAGGUUGUAGGCCACAUGUCUCGGUGUUACGCAAACAGCUGCAUGCAUUGGAAAAGCUCAAACAGGGUUCGGUGUUGGCGAAGAAGGGCAGUAAAGAAAAAGUUCGUAAUCUACUGCAAGAAUUUCUACGUAAUGGACGUAACAACAAUGUCUUCCAAGGAAUACAAAAUCCGCUGAAUCCCAGCUUUCGUUGCAAGGGUGUUAAACCGGAGAAAUGUAAAGUUAUGGAUUCGAAAAUGCGUCCCCUAUGGAUUGUAUUCGAAAAUGCCGAUCAGAAUUGUAAUGAUAUUUAUAUUAUAUUCAAAAAUGGUGAUGAUCUGCGGCAGGACAUGUUGACAUUACAAAUGUUACGAGUAAUGGAUCAAUUGUGGAAAAAUGAAGGUAUGGACUUCCGCAUGAACAUAUACAAUUGCAUUAGCAUGGAACGUCGUUUGGGUAUGAUCGAAGUGGUAUUAAAUGCCGAAACAAUUGCCAAUAUACAAAAGGAAAAGGGUAUGUUUUCAGCAACAUCACCAUUCAAAAAAGGCUCCCUAUACAGCUGGCUCAAGGAGCACAAUAAGACGGAAGAAGAAAUGAAUAAAGCCGUUACCGAAUUUACACUUAGUUGUGCUGGUUAUUGUGUGGCCACCUAUGUCUUGGGUGUUGCCGACCGACAUUCAGAUAAUAUUAUGGUUAAGAAAAAUGGUCAACUUUUCCAUAUAGACUUUGGUCAUAUACUGGGUCAUUUUAAAGAAAAAUUCGGUGUUCGCCGUGAACGUGUUCCUUUCGUACUAACCCAUGAUUUUGUAUAUGUUAUAAAUAAGGGUCGUGCCGAUCGCAUGGCCGAGGAAUUUCGAUAUUUUCAAGAAAUGUGUGAAAAGGCAUUUUUGGUAUUACGCAAACACGGCUGCCUUAUACUCUCACUAUUUAGUAUGAUGAUAUCAACAGGACUGCCAGAGCUAUCAUCUGAAAAGGAUUUGAAUUAUUUAAAAGAGACUUUGGUUUUAGAAUAUAGUACAGAAAAAGCACUCGAACAUUUCCGUUCGAAAUUUAGCGAGGCUUUAGCCAAUUCCUGGAAGACUUCACUCAAUUGGGCUUCACACAAUUUCUCUAAAAAUAAUAAACAAUAA